ACAGUGGCACAACUGAUUGGGAAAGAGACGGAAAUGGAAAAACUGAAAUGGUAACUAGAAAGGGGAACUACAAUAGGUUCUGGUUGACCAUCAUUUCCUGUUUGCGUCUUGCAUACUGCAUAUCAGACGUCAGUACUGUCACAGUGUUCAGUUGAGAGGUAAAGAAGAAACAUCCACAGAAGACGAUGACCAUGGCUGAUGGCCCAGGUGCUCUCGAGUUUGAGGAGGAUGAAGAGUGUUGGAUGCGGCUGGAAGACCACAGGAUGCUUCUCAUCAAGACCAUUGAACCUUCACGAAUAAUACCAUAUCUGAGACAAUGCAAGGUGCUUAACAGUGAGGAUGAGGAACAGAUUUACAAUGACCCGAGUCUGGUUGUUAGAGGGCGUAAAGUAGGUGUGCUGCUAGACAUAUUACAGCGGACGGGUCUGAAGGGAUAUGUAGCAUUCCUAGAGAGUUUGGAGCUGGACUAUCCUCAACUAUAUCAGAAAAUCACAGGCAAGGAGCCUUCUCGGGUCUUCUCUAUACUUGUGGACACCGCGGGUGAAUCCGGACUGACCCAGUUCCUCAUGAGUGAAGUGACCCGCCUGCAGAAGGCGCUUCAGGACGAGCGCAGGUCGAGGCUCGAGGUGGCGGCGCGUGCUGCCGAGCACAUGGACUCCUAUCGGCAGCUACAGACGCGCGAGUGCGAACUUCGCAAACAGCACGAGCGCGUGCUGCGCAUGCGCGAGGACCGCGAGAAGCUGUGGGACGAGGCGCGGCGCCUGAAGGACGAGAACUACAGACUGAUGCACGACGUGACGCGCCUCAGCGAGGAGAAGAACGGCGCUCUCAUGCGCACGCGGGACCUGCAGCUGGAGAUUGAGAGACUGAAGCACAGCUUAAUGAAUGCAGAGAGUGAUUCCAAGAUUCAGCGCAAACGGACGAUGACACUGAAGAAUGCCAUGGAGCAAAGGCCUAGCCAGGAAAUGAUCUGGGAGCUCCAGAAACAGAAUGAUCUUCUCACUGCUCAAUUGCAGGAGCUUCAGAAUUCUUCUCAGGUCCAAACAUCAGAGCACAACAAGCUUAGCAUUCAGGCGCUGGAAGAUUUCAAGAAGCAAAGCCAAGCACAACAUGAGGAUUUGGUGAAUGACAUUUAUGCAUUACGGAGGGAGCUGCAUGAUGCAAAGGAGCUGCGAGAUAAGUACCAAGAAAAGAAGGAUGAACUGGAGCUGAAGUGCGCAAUCUUAAAGAAAGACUCCAAGAUGUAUUGUAACCGCAUGGGGGAAAUCUUGAAGCAGCUGGAUGAGGUCAUCAAAGAGAGAGAUAAGGCUAUUGCUGCACGUGAAGAGUACCACCAGGAAAACUGCAAAAGCCUCCAGGACAAGGACAGGUACCGCAAGCAGAUCCGUGAGAUGAGAGAGCACUAUGAUGAGCUUCAGGUCCAGCUCUUCCGGACUCAAGGAGAAGUUGUAGCCCUCCAGGCAAAAGUUCGCAAACAGAAACACUUACAGCAAACAAUAGCAACAUCAGAAGAAAGCUUUUAUCAGAGCUCAUUGGAGCUAAAAAGCCAGACAAGUGAGGAGGACAUGAAGGAGAGAUAUGACAAAGCAUCAGGUAUAAGUGAGGAUUCUCAAAGUGCAACGUCAGGAGAAUACAAUGUAUGCAUAAGUAUCAAAGACCCAUGUCCCUCAGAGGUGAAGGAAGAAGGAUUUAAGGAGAGGAUGUUCUCUGAGGAGGAACUAUCAGCUGGCUACACGCUCAGGACGCGAUACAAUUUUCAUUACAGAAGGAAACGUGCUUUGAGAACAAAGGCUACUGUUAAGGAGAGUGUCAUAGAGUGCAAUCAUAGUAUUCUGGACAACACCAGUGGGAGUGACAACACAGACACAGAUGGAAUAUGACAUAAGCAAACCAACCAGGGGAGGAAAUGUCGCCUUUGCUGAAUAGCUUGCCAUCAACCUAUGGAGAGGCCAAAGGCUAGAGAUUUUUUUUAACAUAAAAACACUGUCACUGAUCACUUCAAGUCUUCUCACUGGUUGGCUUAUUAUCAUCAUCAUCAUUAUUAUUAUUAUUAUUAUUAUUAUUAUUGAUAAAUGUACCAUAGGCCUAUGCUCACAGCAUCCACAAUCAUUGUCAUACUACUGAAUAAUUAUUUUUUUCGAAAGUCUGAUAUAUCAUGAAUGUAACAAAAUACAGAUGCUUAUCCUUU